UGCCAGCGGCGAGGUCGGCGCGGUGGAGCCGGCUGCGUUGCGCCGCGAGCCCCUGUGGAGAGCUCGCCCUCCCCGCCGCGUCCACGGCCCCCGAGACGGAUUCCCGGAGACAUGUCGCCCGCGCUGUCGCAACCCGGUGCGCCGAAGAAAGCCCAGCAGGAUGAGAUCGAAGCCAUUCUCCGGAAAAGGAUUCUGGUGCUGGAUGGAGGGAUGGGGACCAUGAUUCAGCGGUACAAGCUCAGUGAAGAAAGCUUCCAAGGUCAAGAAUUUAAAGACCAUGCCAGGCCCCUGAAAGGCAACAAUGACAUUUUAAGUAUAACACAACCCGAUGUCAUUUACCAAAUCCAUAAGGAGUACUUGUUGGCUGGAGCAGAUAUCAUUGAAACAAAUACUUUCAGCAGUACUAGCAUUGCCCAAGCUGACUAUGGCCUUGAACACUUGGCCUACCGGAUGAACAAAUGCUCUGCACACGUGGCCAGAAAAGCAGCAGAGGAGGUAACACUCCAGACAGGUAUCAAGAGGUUUGUGGCAGGAGCUUUGGGUCCAACUAAUAAGACCCUGUCCGUGUCUCCAUCUGUGGAAAGACCAGAUUAUAGGAAUAUCACAUUUGAUGAGCUCGUUGAAGCGUACCAAGAGCAGGCUCGAGGACUUCUGGAUGGGGGAGUUGACAUCCUGCUUGUUGAAACGAUUUUUGACACUGCCAAUGCGAAGGCAGCUUUGUUUGCACUCCAGAAUCUUUUUGAAGAGGAUUAUGCUCCCCGGCCUAUUUUUAUCUCAGGGACCAUUGUUGAUAAGAGCGGGCGGACUCUCUCUGGACAGACGGGAGAGGCCUUUGUCAUCAGUGUGUCUCAUGCAGAUCCCCUGUGCAUUGGAUUAAAUUGUGCUCUGGGUGCAACUGAAAUGAGACCUUUCAUUGAGACAAUUGGAAAAUGUACCACAGCCUAUGUCCUCUGUUAUCCUAAUGCAGGCCUUCCCAACACGUUUGGUGACUAUGAUGAAACACCUUCCAUCAUGGCCGCACACCUGAAGGACUUCGCUGUGGAUGGCCUGGUCAACGUGGUCGGGGGGUGCUGCGGGACCACACCAGAUCACAUCAGGGAAAUUGCUGAAGCUGUGAAAAAUUGUAAGCCUCGAGUCCCCCCUGCUGUGGUUUUUGAAGAACAUAUGUUACUGGCUGGUCUAGAACCCUUCAGGAUCGGACCCUACACCAACUUCGUUAACAUUGGUGAGCGCUGUAACGUGGCAGGAUCCAGGAAGUUUGCUAAACUCAUCAUGGCAGGAAACUAUGAAGAAGCCCUGACUGUUGCCAAAGCGCAGGUAGAAAUGGGAGCCCAGGUGCUGGACAUCAACAUGGACGAUGGCAUGCUGGACGGGCCAAGUGCAAUGACCAGAUUUUGCAACUUCAUUGCUUCUGAGCCUGACAUUGCCAAGGUCCCCUUGUGCAUCGACUCGUCCAAUUUUGGGGUGAUUGAAGCGGGACUGAAGUGCUGCCAAGGGAAGUGUAUCGUCAACAGCAUUAGUCUGAAGGAAGGAGAGGAUGACUUCCUGGAGAAGGCCAGGAAGAUCAAGAAGUUCGGAGCUGCUGUGGUGAUCAUGGCUUUUGAUGAACAAGGACAGGCAACAGAAACAGACAUCAAAAUUAACGUGUGUACCCGAGCCUACCAUCUCCUUGUGAAGAAACUGGGCUUUAAUCCAAAUGACAUCAUCUUUGACCCUAACAUCCUGACCAUCGGUACAGGGAUGGAGGAGCACAACCUGUAUGCCAUCAAUUUCAUCCAGGCCACACGGGUCAUCAAAGAAACCUUGCCUGGAGUGAGAAUAAGUGGAGGUCUUUCCAACUUGUCCUUCUCCUUCCGAGGAAUGGAUGCCAUUCGAGAGGCCAUGCACAGCGUCUUUCUUUACCACGCCAUCAAGUGUGGUAUGGAUAUGGGGAUUGUGAACGCCGGCAACCUCCCUGUGUAUGAUGACAUCCACAAGGAGCUGCUCCAGCUCUGUGAAGACCUCAUCUGGAAUAAAGACCCCGAGGCCACCGAGAAGCUCCUACGGUAUGCCCAGACUCAUGGCAAAGGAGGGAAGAAAGUCAUUCAGACGGAUGAGUGGCGGAGCAGCCCUGUGGAAGAGCGCCUGGAGUAUGCACUGGUGAAGGGCAUUGAAAAAUACGUUAUUGAGGAUACCGAGGAGGCCAGACUAAGCCAAGACAAAUAUCCCCGACCUCUGAAUAUAAUCGAAGGACCCCUGAUGAAUGGCAUGAAAGUUGUUGGUGAUCUUUUUGGAGCCGGAAAAAUGUUUCUACCUCAGGUAAUAAAGUCAGCUCGGGUGAUGAAGAAGGCCGUUGGCCACCUUAUCCCCUUCAUGGAAAAAGAACGAGAAGAAAACAGAGCGCUCAAUGGCACUGUGGAAGAAGAAGAGGACCCCUACCAAGGCACCAUCGUGCUGGCCACUGUCAAGGGCGACGUCCAUGACAUUGGCAAGAACAUUGUGGGCGUGGUCCUGGGCUGCAAUAACUUCAGAGUUAUUGAUUUAGGCGUCAUGACUCCCUGCGAUAAGAUCCUGAAAGCUGCCCUUGACCACAAAGCAGAUAUAAUUGGCCUAUCAGGGCUCAUCACUCCUUCCUUGGAUGAAAUGAUUUUUGUUGCCAAGGAAAUGGAAAGAUUAGCUAUCAAGAUUCCGCUGUUGAUUGGAGGCGCCACCACUUCCAGAACCCACACCGCAGUGAAAAUAGCUCCACGGUACAGUGCGCCCGUGAUCCACGUCCUGGAUGCAUCUAAGAGUGUGGUGGUGUGUUCUCAGCUGUUAGAUGAAAACGUGAAGGACGAGUACUUUGAGGAAAUCAUGGAAGAAUAUGAAGAUAUUAGACAGGACCAUUACGAAUCUCUCAAAGAGAGGAAAUUCUUACCAUUAAGUCAAGCCAGGAAAAAUGGCUUCCACAUUGAUUGGCUGUCCGAACCUCACCCAGUGAAGCCCACCUUCCUUGGCACCCGGGUUUUCGCGGACUAUGACCUGCAGAAGCUGGUGGACUACAUUGACUGGAAGCCUUUCUUUGACGUAUGGCAGCUCCGGGGCAAGUACCCCAACCGAGGCUUCCCCAAGAUAUUUCAUGACAAGACCGUGGGUGAAGAGGCCAGAAAGGUGUACGAUGAUGCCCAGGCCAUGUUGGACGUCUUGAUUAGUGAGAGGAAACUCCAGGCCAGGGGUGUGGUUGGCUUCUGGCCAGCGCAGAGUGUCCAGGACGACAUCCACCUGUAUGCAGCAGGGGCAGAGCCCAGAGCCUCAGAGCCCAUAGCCACUUUCUACGGGCUGAGGCAGCAGGCCGAGAAGGACUCUGCCAGCUCGGACCCAUACCUCUGCCUCUCCGACUUUGUUGCGCCCCUGGACUCCGGCGUCACAGACUACCUGGGGCUGUUCGCCGUUGCCUGCUUCGGGGUGGAGGAGCUGAGCAAGGCCUAUGAGGACCAGGGUGACGACUACUGCAGCAUCAUGGUCAAGGCGCUGGGGGACCGGCUGGCUGAGGCCUUCGCCGAGGAGCUGCACGAGCGGGUGCGCCGCGAGCUGUGGGCCUACUGCAGCAGCGAGCAGCUGGGCACCACGGACCUGCGCAGGCUCCGGUACCAGGGCAUCCGGCCGGCGCCUGGCUACCCUAGCCAGCCUGACCACACGGAGAAGCUCACCAUGUGGAACCUCGCAGGGAUCGAGCAGGCCACAGGCAUUAAGUUGACGGAGUCCUUGGCGAUGGCCCCUGCCUCGGCAGUGUCUGGCCUCUACUUCUCCAACCUGAAGUCCAAAUACUUUGCCGUGGGGAAAAUUUCCAAGGAUCAGAUCGCAGAUUAUGCUUCGAGGAAGAACAUGCCUGUGGCAGAGGUGGAGAAAUGGCUUGGCCCCAUUUUGGGAUAUGACACAGACUAAGUUUUUUUCACCUUUUUUACGCUUGCCGACCUCAAGGAGGUCGGAUCCACAGUGCCUUAGAAAGAACAGCAGAUCCUGCCUGGCCUCUCCUGGCCUCACCCUGCCUGUGCUCCUAGAGGGCCUGUGCUGCUAGAGGCUGCAGGGCUGGUGG